AAACAAGAGUAACUUUCAUACUUUCCUUUUCGGGUGCGUAUUAAAAUGCGCCACGCCGCGCACUAUGCUCAAUCCCCUGAUCUCUGCUGUGCAUCUUCUUCCUCACUCCUCAUUAGCUACUCACCGCACUUUCUCUCUCUUCCCCCUCCCCCGGCGCAAGUUAGCCCCAUUCUCUCUCUCUCUCUCUCCUCACUUCUCCUACCAUUACUUCUCUCUCUCGCUCAGGCAUUUACUCUUCUUCUACCAACUACAACUACAACUACAGUACACAUUUGUUUUCGUAAAAUACACACACAUAUAUACCUUCUUCCGCUGUGGAUAAUCAAGUUCUCCUCUCUUUGAUCUCCUUCUAUUCAUGGAGAUCCGGUUACCUCUGCUGGGUUUGCUACUUGUUUUGUGUGUUGAGGGUGGAUUAGGGGCGCCAAUCGUGUAUUCUGCGAGACUGGUGCAUAGAUUUUCGGAUGAAGCCAAGGCUCACCGGGAUGCCAGGGUUUUGAGGAAUGGAGCUGGUGUGAGCGGCGGUGGUGAUGGUUUUUGGCCGCAGCGCCGGAGCUUGGAGUAUUACCGGCGCCUGCUGAGCAGCGACGUCCAGCGCCAGACGCUUAAGCUGAAUCCUCAGUUUCAAUUUCUCUACCCUUCUGAGGGUAGCGCCACAUUGCCUCUCGGAAAUGACUUCGGAUGGUUGCACUAUAUGUGGAUUGACAUAGGUACACCAAAAGUGUCUUUUCUUGUGGCAUUGGAUGCUGGAAGUGAUCUAUUUUGGGUUCCCUGUGAUUGUGUUCAAUGUGCACCUUUAUCAUCCAGUUACUAUAGCAGCCUGGAUAAAGAUCUUAAUGAGUACAAUCCUUCUGGCUCUAGCACUAGCAAAACAAUUUCUUGCAGCCAUCAGUUAUGCGAACUGGGUACAAACUGUCCGAACCCUAGGCAACAAUGUCCUUAUACCAUCAACUACUAUUCAGAUGAUACCUCAACUUCUGGAUUUCUGGUUGAAGAUAUUCUUCAUCUCCUGCCAGGCCAUUCAGAUGUAUCUAACAAAUCUGUGAAGGCUCCAGUGGUUAUUGGAUGCGGUAGUAAACAAACUGGUGGGUACCUGAGUGGAGUUGCUCCUGAUGGUCUCUUGGGUCUUGGACUUGGAGAAAUUUCUGUUGCAAGCUUUCUUGCAAAAGCUGGAUAUAUUAGAAACUCCUUUUCUCUAUGUUUUAACGAAGAUGAUUCUGGAAGGCUACUUUUCGGGGACCAGGGAAUAGCUGGCCAACAAACUACUCCAUUUUUGCCUUUGCAUGGGAAAAAUUUAACUUAUAUUGUUGGAGUGGAUGCCUGCUGCAUCGAGAGUUUAUGUCUUGACAAUACGGAUUUCCAGAUGCUGGUUGACAGUGGGUCUUCAUUCUCUUAUCUCCCAGCACAAAUUUUUGAAAAGGUGGCUAAUGAGUUUGACAGACAAGUAAAUGCUUCAAAAUCUAGUUUUGAAGGAUACCCAUGGCAGUACUGUUACAAAUCCAGUUCCAAUGGGGUGCCUAAGCUUCCUUCUUUCACUCUGAAGUUUGCAACAUCCAAAAGUUUUGUGGUCAAGAAUCCAGUUUUUGUGAUAUACGGAACUCAGGGAGCUGUUGGAUUCUGUUUUGCAGUACAGCCCAUGGAUGGAGAUAUUGGGACAAUCGGACAGAACUUCAUGACUGGAUAUCAGAUUGUAUAUGAUCGGGAAAACUUCAAGAUGGGUUGGUCUCAAUCAAAUUGUAAGGAUCUUGAUGGUAGAGCGCCUCCAAAUCCAUCAGGCAAUAACAGCUCUUCUAAUUCUCUGCCAACAACAGAGCAGCAGAGUGCGCCAAAUAGUCGUGCAGUUGCUCCUGCAGUAGCCGGAAGGACACCUUCCAAAUCCUCCGCCACAUGCCUGUCAUGUUUGGCAAAGCUGUUUUCAUUGAUGCUCAUAGCCCACUUCUCAUAAGUACAUAACAUAUAGUUCUUUGUUAGUUCUAUGUAAAUUCUGAUUCCUAGCUUCAUUCUUUUCCAUUGCAUCAUAACUAUUCACCAUCACAACAUUCCUUCUUUAUAUAUUCUUAUUUAGGCUUUGAAUUAGGGUGGUGAUACGUAGAGUUCUUCCUAGCACCUUUUCCCCUUUGAUUUACCCUUUUCCACUUGUGUAUUGUUGUAUGUAAUAGUAAAACUUUCUUUACAUAGAGAUAUACAUAAUUCCCCAAUUUUGGUUGUAUAUUACAUCAACCAUGGCAUUUACAGUUUUUUACA